AGUUGGCGAAAAAGUACACGAUUGUGCAUACAUACCGCGUGUUACAAAUGUAUAACAUUCAUCGUCCGUGUGUAUUCUAUAAGUUCGUUACCAUCUGAACGUCUAAACUUUUUUAUCAACAAGUAUUUGUUUAAUAACAACGUGAGUAAAAAACUGACAUUUGAAAGGUAUUGCCGCAUUCCUCUAAUCGCAUCGUGUUCAGAGCUGUGAAGAAUUUAAGUCUAAUUUAUUCGUACCUCAACACGACAAGGGAGAAAUAAAAAUUGAUACGGUUUGCUGAACAUGAAUAUUCGUGACGUGAAAUAGAGGAUGCAUAAAACCGUAUAACAUCGAAUAAGAAGAUGACGGUAAAAAUAGGACAUCGAGUAGUCCCCGUGGAUGUGAGACGGGCAAGGAACCGCCGUGAGCUCGUUUUUAACGAUUGGUAGGAGGAAUUUCGUUAUAGGUAUAUAUACGCAUGGGCUUUACUGUUAACCGUCCCGCUUCCGGUUCUGAAGGUGUGCGUGCGUGCAGCAGAAGUAAAAGGCGAGCAAGAAACCUGGAAGCCGCAAGUGUAAAUAAACGCGAGCGAUUGGCUCGACUGUAUAAGAAAUGUUCUUCCUGACCCUGAUGCAGGUAGAGAAUUACGAGGGCGAGGAAGGAUCGGAAACCAAGGUGUGCAUGGCCGAUUAGACGAGCCUCACGGAGCUAGGCUGCAAAGACUCGCGAAUCGAGAGGCUGCGCUCAUUGUCCGGAUCGAGAGUCGAAUUCCACGGUGCAGAAAGUUGGGCCGCGGGGGGCGGCGAACGGAAUGCGGGCCUCGUCGACGACAGCUCAUUCAUGCCACCUGCCUUACGUCAUUCUCUCAUCGACACGCGCGCGGCCUCUGAAAGUACGAAAAACCGGACGCUAAUGCGCGGUACGAACGAACCGGCUGGCGAAUUAGCGACACGGUAUGUGUAUCUAUGCACACGUAUAAGUGUAUUUAUAUCGGUCCGAUAACAAGUGACGAGGGGGAAAAAAGAGAAGCAUUUUUGCUCGAAGCGGAUCUAGCGACACUCGGCGACUGACCAGAUCGUCGGGCUUAAUAACCUGCAGACGCCGAGAGUCGGGAAUUAUCAGAGAAAUGGGAAGCAAAUUGAGCGCGAUCAUCAAUCGCCUUUUCGACUACCCGAUCAAGAGGAAACCGAUAUGCUUUCAUCGACAGGAGGACUUCACCUCGACCGGCGAACGGAUACCGGGGAGUGAGAAUCUUCCCAAGGAACCACCGUCCGAGUACGAUAAAUUGGUUGCAACGUUUUACGAACGACUUCUAUCUCAGCGGAGGCAUGCCAGGCAAAUGCACGAAAAGAACAGUCGGUGGUCGGUGCAAAAGGUGCUCAAGAAGUUUCCUGGGUGGAACGAAAUGACGAUCUCCAACCUUCACAGUCUCUUCCUCCUCUUCGACGCUCAAAAGACCGGCAUGCUGUCGCACCCAGAUUUCUGCGCGGUUUUGGAGAGUCUCGGCGAUUCGACCGCAGCUAACGUCAGGAAGCAGAAGUUCGAACACGCCGAUGCCGACGGCGAUGGGUGGAUAACCUACGACGAGUUCCUCGCCCUUCUUUACAACUUCACCCCUCUGAUCGACGGCGAACUUACCGGGGUUGCUAAACUCUGUUACGACAUAGCGGAGAACGUCAGAUUCGUCUCGUCACUCAGCGUCGGCGAACAGCUCGAGUACGGCUUAUUUUGAGGCUCUGGAAAGGGGAAUAAAGUAGUCAGGAGAAAAGUGUGAACACUGUGUACGUCAGGAAACCUUGAAUAUCACGUUAUAUUCACAGAAUACAACAGAGACGGUAUAUCAGAUUUGAAGAACGACACUAUGCGUCGAGAAUGUGGAGCCAUGCAUAAUGCAGCAGUUUAUAAUUCGCAAAAGUUAGCUCUGAGAGCAAGAAA